UGCAUGCUGGGGCUGACGCGUGUACCCGCAUACGUAUAGUGCGGACAGCGGACUGUCGUUGCGCGCAUCGUUUGGUUCAUUUUUUUUCUCUCUCUCUUUCUCUCCAGACAUCCUAGUCUACAACCUUCUCCCAUCCUGAACCGAAAGAGAAGAGCUGUGUAGACCUUUUAACAGAUCCGCUUUCAUCCUCCUCCUCCUCCUCUUCAUCCCUUCUGUCCACGGGAAACUAGAGACAAUUUCGGAAUAUGGUACCUCGCCUCGGUGAUGCCAUGUGACAAGGUUUUUCAACAUUUGCCAUCGAUGAUCACUCCGGCAAAAGUGGUUGGGUUCACGCUGUGAGUUCUUGGGUGGUUUUAUCUGGAAAGGAAAAAUCCAAAGCUCUUGGGAAAAUGGAAGUUUUGCCCGUUGGUUUGGUGGGCUGAGGCUCAGGCUGCUGCUGCUGCCGCUGCUGCUGUUGGUGGUGGAGGAGGUUUGGCGCUUGGUGCAGGGGGGGAAACUGCGUCGCCAGGUCUCAAACGCAGGGAAUCACGGGUCUUUUUUUUUUUUUUUUACGAACAGGACCAGCUUUUCAAGAUAACUAACCGAGUGUUUCCGAUUUCUUCCUUUUAAAUGUGCGGCCACAUUGUCCAUCCCCUCAGUUCGACUUAACGCGUCGGCGUUUUGGAUGCGGUUUGUUUUCUCUGCGGCUCAGCGUCUUUCUCCGCUCUCUCUCUGUGUUAUGAUUGAAUGUUGGGAGCAAUUUCAACAGGGUACGAGUGUGUGACAUCUCGGGAAUCUUUACUGGCAUCACGCAGUAACGUCAAGAGAAGAAAAUAUCAAGGCAGAGAUUACAGGGAAUUUCCUUUUUGCCGCCCCACAGAUGGACUAAAAGAAGAAGAAGAAGAAGAAGGCACGCAUCUCCGUAUUUGAACUCUCUUCUCUCUCACUAAAGAGAGAGCUGUGGUUUUUUUUUUCUUCUUUCUGUGAUUUGGAGGAAAUAUCUUUUUUUUGGACAACAUGAAAGUUAUCUCUGCUAUGUUGCUCGUUGCCGUUUUUUGGAGCCAGGAGUGGAAGUCGGUGCUGUCGGAUUCUAUCAUCCACAUCGGUGCCAUCUUUGACGAGUCAGCUCGGAAAGAUGAUGAGGUGUUCCGCCUUGCUGUGGCAGACCUCAACUUGAACAACGAGAUCUUGGAGACGGAGAAGAUCACUAUCUCUGUGGAAUUCGUUGACGGGAACAACCCAUUCCAGGCCGUUCAAGAAGCCUGUGAGUUGAUGACCGCUGGUAUCCUGGCUCUGGUCAGUUCUAUCGGCUGCAUGUCGGCGGGCAGCCUUCAGACACUUGCCGAUGCCAUGCACAUCCCCCACCUCUUUAUCCAGCGCUCCCCAGCGGGAACACCACGCUCCGCCUGCCCACCCACCAGUCGCAGCCCUGGAACAGAUGACUACACCCUAAUGGUCCGCCCACCUGUCUAUCUCAAUGAGGUCAUCAUGCAAGUGGUGUCUGAGUACAGCUGGCAGAAGUUCAUACUCUUCUAUGAUUCUGAUUUUGACAUCCGUGGGAUUGAGGAUUUUCUGGAUCGCACCUCGCAGCAGGGAAUGGAUGUGUCCCUCCAGAAGGUGGAAUCUAAUAUAAACAUGAUGAUCACCAGUCUCUUCAGAACUCUGCGCGUUGAGGAGCUGCAUCGCUACAGGGAUACGCUACGAAGAGCUGUGCUUUUUAUGAGUCCAGCUACUGCCAAGGCUUUUAUCACUGAGGUGGUGGAGACCAACCUGGUAGCCUUUGAUUGUCACUGGAUCCUGAUAAAUGAGGAGAUCUCCGACUACGACUUGCAGGAGUUAGUUAUGAAGUCCAUCGGCCGGCUGACACUGGUGCGUCAGACGUUUCCCAUGCCACAGAACACAACUCAACGCUGCGUCAAACACAACCACAGGAUUAACACUUCCCUCUGUGACCCUAAAAACCCCAAAGCUCAGCAGCUGGAGAUCACCAACCGGUACAUCUAUGAUUCUGUGCUGCUGCUGGCGAAUACAUUCCACCGAAAGUUGGAGGACAGGAAAUGGCACAGCAUGGCCAGUUUGAGCUGCAUUAGGAAGAACUCCAAACCGUGGCAGGGAGGCAAGAGCAUGCUGGAUACCGUCAAAAAGUUUGGUGUAAGCGGCCUCACCAGUUUCCUGGAGUUCACCGACAACGGCACUAACCCCAACAUCUUCUUUGAGAUCCUGGGAACAAAUUAUGGUGAAGACAGAGGUCGAGGUGUCAGUAGGCUGGCGACGUGGGACCCAGUCCAUGGCUUGAACGGCACACUCACAGACAGGAAAUUGGAAAAUAACAUGAGAGGAGUGGUGCUACGAGUCGUCACUGUUCUGGAGGAGCCAUUUGUGAUGGUGUCCGAAAAUGUCCUGGGGAAACCGAAGAAAUACCAAGGUUUUUCUAUUGAUGUUCUGGAUGCUCUGUCCAACUAUCUGGGCUUUAAAUAUGAGAUCUACGUCGCUCCAGAUCACAAAUAUGGCAGCCUCCAACCUGAUGGCCAGUGGAACGGACUCAUGGGUGAACUGGUGUUUAAGCGAGCCGAUGUGGGACUCUCUGCCCUGACCAUCACGCCUGAGCGAGAGAGUGUCGUGGACUUCACCACACGCUACAUGGAUUAUUCCGUGGGCGUUCUACUGCGCAAGGCUGAACGCACCGUGGACAUGUUUGCCUGUUUGGCGCCCUUCGACCUGUCACUGUGGGCGUGCAUCGCGGGCACCGUGCUCCUGGUUGGCAUCCUUGUAUACUUGCUCAACUGGCUCAACCCACCCCGGUUACCCAUGGGAUCGGUGUCAUCAACAACGCUUUACAAUUCCAUGUGGUUUGUGUACGGCUCCUUUGUACAACAAGGUGGAGAGGUUCCCUACACCACUCUCGCUACAAGAAUGAUGAUGGGUGUUUGGUGGAUGUUUGCUCUAAUUGUCAUUUCUUCAUACACUGCCAACCUCGCAGCGUUCCUCACCAUCACACGGAUAGAGAACUCUAUACAGUCUCUCCAGGAUUUAUCCAAGCAGACAGAGUUGCCUUAUGGUACAGUGUUGGACUCUGCAGUAUACGAUCAAGUGCGCUCCAAGGCUAUGAACCCCUUUGAGAGAGACCCCAUGUACUCCCAGAUGUGGAGGAUGAUUAACCGCACAGGAGGUGCAGAUAACAACGUUGAAGAGUCGAAGGAAGGCAUUCGCAAGGUGAAGUAUGGUCGCUUCGGCUUUGUCUGGGAUGCAGCAGUUCUGGAGUAUGUUGCGAAUAAUGAUGAGGACUGCUCCUUCUAUACUGUCAGCAACAGCGCACCAGACCGUGGAUAUGGCAUCGCCAUGCAGCACGGCAGCCCCUACAGGGACAUAUUCUCUCAGAGGUACGAAUCAUAA